CGAUUUGGAGCUUUCGAGUUUCAGCUUUAAUGCUUAAUAUAUACUAUCUACUUCUUUCUUUUGUGCAGCGUACGCUGGUUUUUGAAGUACUAAUACUGUGUUAGUUUUUGCGUUCAUUACAGUAGGAAAUUCAUAUAACUGUCACUAACAUGGCCAAGUUCGAUUUGACGAGCAAAAUGACGAAAUACCUGGACCGGCAUUUGGUUGCUCCACUGUUGGAAUUCUUGUGGGCAAAAAAGAUUUACAAUGAAAAUGAAAUUUUGCAAGCCAAAUUAGACAUUCUUAAUAAGACUAAUAUGAUGGAUUAUGUUAUUGAGAUUUACAAACAGUUAAAUCCUGAAAAAGAAGUACCUGAGGAAAUGAAAACAAGAAGAGAUCAAAUUGUAUCACAGCUUAAUCAAUUUCAAAGUGAAGUUGAUGUUGUAAUGAAUUUCCUUAAAGAUGAUAAAGUAAUGAAAAAUAUGGAAACUAUGAGAGAUCCUAAAACAUUGUCAUCCUAUUUGACCAGUGAAUUCAACUUUAAAGUAGAAAUGAUGGAAAGUAUGUACAAAUUUGCCAAGUACCAUUAUGAUUGUGGUAAUUAUGCUGGUACAACAAGUCACUUGUACUUUUAUUUAUUAGUUAUGUCGCCUUCUGAUAAGAACUAUUUGAAUGUGCUUUGGGGAAAAUUAGCAUCUGAAAUUCUUAUUCAAAACUGGGAAACUGCUCUGGAAGAUUUAAACAAACUACGAGAAUAUAUUGAUUCCAAUACAAAUAGUUCUCCAUUGCAUUUGCUACAACAACGGACAUGGUUAAUUCACUGGAGUUUAUUUGUGUUUUUCAAUCAUGUCAAGGGACGUGACCUUAUUAUUGAUAUGUUCCUGUAUAGACCAAACUAUUUAAACGCUAUUCAAACUAUGUGCCCACACAUUCUUCGCUACUUGGCUACUGCAGUGAUCAUUAAUCGUUCAAGAAGAGCAGCUAUGAAGGAUCUUGUCAAGGUUAUUCAACAAGAAUCAUAUACCUACCGUGACCCUAUAACUGAACUUCUAGAAAAUCUCUAUGUUAACUUUGAUUUUGAAGGAGCUAGAGACAAAUUACACGAAUGUCAAAUUGUUCUUUUUAAUGACUUCUUCUUGACUGCAUGCCUUGAUGAUUUUGUAGAAAAUGCUCGUUUGAUGAUUUUUGAAACUUUUUGCCGUAUUCAUCAGUGUAUUAGUAUUGGUAUGUUAGCUGAAAAGCUUAAUAUGAACCCAGAAGAGGCUGAAUGCUGGAUUGUGAACCUAAUCAGGAAUGCCAGGUUAGAUGCAAAGAUUGACUCAAAACUUGGACAUGUUGUUAUGGGAACACAACCUUUGUCGCCCUACCAACAGCUUUUAGAGAAAAUAGAUACAUUAUCAGUACGAUCAGAAGCACUACAACAACUCAUCGAAAGAAAAGUCAAAGCUAAAACUCAAGAACAAGAUCCACUUUGGUAUAAUCCAUGAAAAAGUGUUAUCAAUCAAUGAUAAAGUAUCCAUUAAACUUUUAACUUUUCCUUCAUCCACUUGUGGUGGAAUUGGUCGUAUGAUUUCAUUAAGAGGCAUUUCAUGUAUUUGUUCAAUACCAGCCGAAUGUACACUUGUACACCUUCUGUUCAUAGCUAAAACAAUUUUAUUAUUUGCAAGUAUCUGUUUUAACAAAAAAUAUAAUAAACCUAAUUUUUUAA